GACUUCAAAAUGAUUCAGAAACCACAACAAAAAAUCUAAAAUUCAGCGCCGCUAUAAAUUGGAAUCGUUCAAUAACGAUUUAAUCAGUUCGUUUAACUCAAUUCGGUAAUUAACAUCAAGAAGAGUAAUUAAAAUGGGGCUUAUAUACGUUUUUCUUUUAAUAUUUCUUACAUCGACAGCAAACUCAUCCUCAAAUUACUCACCAGAAAGUGACAAUUCGCUCGAAAAUUACGAAGAUAACAAUUUAUUCAUCGAUCUUUUGUCGUAUGCAGCAACUUUAAGUGAUACCGAUUUAGAUAAAUUUCUUAACGAAGAUGACACCGACGAUAUUUUUUCAUUGAAUAUCGUUAAAUCAAGAGCGAAAAGAGAGUUGCCCGAAUGGGCUAGGAUUUUAAUUAAAUGUACCGUUAAAAUUUUUUUCCCCGAUUCGCAAUUGCUAAAUUUAAUAACCGAUGUUGAAAAGUUGUUUGAUAAUAACGUUUUGGAUGUUAAGGUGAUUGUCGAUGAAAUGUCAGUUAAAUACGAACUUAUGGAAGCGGAGAAGAACGACGGGGUGAUACAAAAGAGAUCUGUGGAAGGUAUUCAAUCAUUUUUUGAGGAUUCUUGCGUUCGGGAGGCUAUAAAUUAUGGCAUUAAAAACCGAGAGAAAAUAAAGAAGGCUUUUAAGAAAUCGGUUGAGUGGGGCAAAGAGAAGAUUAGGAAGUUGAGGGAGAGCAAGGGAUGGAAGAAAAUGAAGGAUUUCUUUCGGGGAUAGUAAUAAGUUGUAAUUAAAGUUAUAAUUUUGUAUAAAGUUUUUUAAUAAAUGAAGUUGAGUUAAAAUAUAA